AUGGCACCAAAUUCCACAGAUGAUUCUUCAAACAUUUCUGCAGCUCGCACAAUUACUCAACCAGAUGCUAUGGAUUCCACUCACCUCUAUUACCUUCAUCCAUCAGAUUCACCUGGAAUGGUUCUUGUCAACUCAGUAUUUGAUGGGAAGGGAUUUGGAGGAUGGCGUAGAGCCAUAGUCAUUGCACUCUCUGCCAAGAAUAAACUUGGUUUUAUUGAUGGAACAUAUUAUGAACCUGAUGCUUCUUCCACUAACUUCAAGCAGUGGAAUCGUUGCAACGAUAUGGUUAUAUCGUGGAUCUUGAAUUCUCUAUCUAAGGACAUAGCUGAAAGUGUCCUUUAUUCAAAAACUGCAAAUGCAAUUUGGAAAGAACUUGAGGAUAGAUUCGGACAAUGCAAUGGUGCUCAACUUUAUCAAUUACAAAAGGAGUUGAGUGACCUAGUGCAAAGUACCUCUGAUAUAGCAUGA